AUGUGUCAUGACCAUUUCUAUGUUGAUUUAGGCCCUCUUAUUAACUUUAUCGUGGGCAAAAAUGGUAGCGGCAAGAGUGCAGUCCUCACGGCCAUUACUCUUUGCUUAGGUGGUAAGGCAUCUACUACCAAUCGAGGCCAGAGUCUAAAAAGCUUCAUUAAGGAAGGCAAAGAGCAUGCAACCAUUGUUGUGCGAAUCAAGAACCAAGGAGAUGGCGCUUAUAUGCCAGAUGAUUAUGGCAAGUUUAUCACUAUCGAACGCCACUUCUCCAGAACUGGCACAAGUGGGUUCAAGAUAAGAUCAGAAAAUGGCCGUAUCAUGUCCACCAAGAAGUCAGAGCUCGAUGCCAUCAUUGACUAUUUCACUUUGCAAUUCGACAACCCAAUGAAUGUUCUCUCCCAGGAUAUGGCCCGCCAAUUCAUCGGCUCAUCAAGUCCUAGUGAGAAAUACAAAUUUUUUGUGAAAGGCGUCCAACUCGAGCAGCUCGAUCAAGAUUACCGAUUAAUAGAGGAAUCCGGCGACCAAAUCGAGGAGAAACUGAGGGGCCGGGAACAGGAUAUAGCGAUAUUGCAAAGUCGGAAGGAAACUGCGAAACGAAAACUUGAUAUUUCCAACCAACAUGACUCACUGCGAAACCGGAUCAGGAAUGUUCGAAAUCAAAUGGCCUGGGCUCAGGUGGAGGAACAAGAAAGGAUAAGGGACUCUUUGGACGAAGAAAUUCUCGCGGCAGACAACCAGAUCGCAGCUGACGAAGCUGAUUUGACCAAUUUCGAUGUUACUAUCAAUGCGGCUGCAGCUGAGCUUGAGGUCGCCGCGGGUUCUGUUCGCCAAGCUAAUGCGAAGCGAGGCCAGGUCCAAGAUGAGAAAGACGAAAUCCAAGCGAGAUGGGAUGCGCAAAUGACUGAGCGUCAUGGACUGCAGGCCGAACAACGCCGGAUCAGAGAAUAUCUCAAGGCAGCAGAAGAAAGAAUAGCUACUACUCAACGGAGUAUUGACGAAGAGAACCGGCGUCUAGCAGAGAUUAGCGGCGGUAGCUUUACUCGAAAGCAGGAGGAACUUGAGCGAGCAAAAGAAGAAGCCUCCCAAGCCCGUGCUCAGUAUGAGGAACAUAGUAGCGACCGUGACCGUCUAUUCUAUGACAUAAACGAGGCUGAAGAAAAAGUUCGGGAGGCUCAGGGGCCAGUCGAUAAAAUUAGGGCCGAUGUUAAGGAGGCUGAAUCGCUCUUGUCAACCCUGAAAAGGGAAGGGGGUCCACAGAAUUCUGGCUUUCACGAAAGGAUGCCAUUCCUUUUGAGAGCCAUUGAGCAAGAACGUUCCUUUACUAGUCGUCCUGUCGGGCCUCUUGGUCAUUACGUGCGCCUGCUCAAGCCAGAGUGGUCUUCGAUUCUUGAGAACGCAUUCGGCACCACGCUGAACAGCUUUGUGGUAACUUCACCCAGGGACUCGAAGAUUCUCUUCCAGAUCAUGAAGAGAGUUAACUGUGAUAAACACAUCAAUACUUCAGGCAAUGAACCCGAUCCUCAGUACGAUACCGCCUUGCGGUUCGAUAACGAGUGGGUUCGUGGACAGUUGAUCAUCAACCAUCAUAUAGAAAAGAUGCUGCUUAUUGAGAACUUGGAAGAAGCAUCUUCUGUUCUCUUUGAUGGGCAACAGCCUAGAAAUGUGAAACGUUGUUAUUGCAUUGACCAAACAAACAGACGCAGGGGUAUUCAUCUUUCUUUUAGCAGGACUGGUGAACCAAGCCAAGCACCAGUCCCAGCCUACAAGGGAUCUCCGCGAAUGAGGUCUGAUCGGGAAUCUCAAAUUAAGGUGCAGCAGAGUGUCGUGGCAGAUCUAAAGCAGGACCUUAGCCGUCACGAACAAGAGCUUCGGUCUGCUCAGUCUCGGCUGGAAAGCUGCAAGCAAGCCCGUCAAAGACACGACCGAAAAUCAAACGAACUAAGAAUUGCAGCACAGAGAAUGGAAGACCGUGUCGAAGAGUUGAUGGAUGCGCUUGAUAGGGAGGCUCCCGAGGAUGGGCGCCUCGACGGGCUUCGGACCACACUGCAAGAGGCAGAAGAGGAAAGGCACCUCAAUGAAGGAUCUUUGAAUGACGCCACCGAUGCUAUGGAGGCCAUGAUGAAAAAAUUGAAAGCAAUCAAGCAAGAGCUCGCGGCCAAAGACGCUGAGAUUGCCAUCGUACAGGAAGAGCUCAAAGUUGCUCAGGAUGCGGAACGCAAGGCUGAUGAAGAGCGCCGAAAGAGGAUAAAUGAUAAGAACGCAGCAGCAGAAAUAAUUGAGGAUCGCAAGCGGGACAGGGAUAGAGUCAAGAUUAAGCGAGAAGAGAUCGCGGUACGUAUCGCUGACUUCAGCGAAAAGGCAAAUAUAAUCUGUGACCGAGUUGCCAUCGAGGAAGGUGAAACAGCGGCUAGUCUGGACAGGAAACUCGAACGACUUCACAACGACAUCAGGCGCUACGAGCAACAGUUGGGAGCAUCUCGCGACGAGUUACUUGCUGAGGUCACAAAGGCUAGCGAAGCCUAUGAUCGAGCUUUGAAGCAAGUUCUUAAGGCGACACUGAAUGUCCGCAAAAACCGCUGGCUAAUUUUUAGAUCACACAUUUCAUCCCGUGCCAAGGUGGAACCAGACAUCACAAAAGAUAGCGCUGGUCGUGGUGCGAAGACACUUUCUGGCGGCGAGAAGUCAUUUUCUCAAGUAUGUCUGUUAUUGGCAUUGUGGGAGGCUAUGGGGUCUCCAAUUCGUUGCUUAGAUGAAUUCGAUGUGUAUAUGGAUCACAUUAACAGGAAGAUGGCUAUCGAUAUGCUUAUGCUAGCUGCCAGACGGUCGAUAGGACGGCAAUUCAUUCUUAUUACCCCCGGGUCAAGAGCAGAAAUUACUUUGGCGCCUGACGUCUGUGUAAAGGAGUACUGCUUUGAUUUAUAUCAUUCCCCUCGUGAGAUUACACAGACUAAUCUAGUAAUCAUUACUGUCUGCCCCAUCGCAUUUGAGGAUGCGAGCUCAGACGCGAAGUGGAAGGAGCAAUUGAACGUCCCUGCCAAAGAUGCAAGACCACAAACUGAGGAUGUGACUGCUACGAAAGGCUUGGAGUUCGAAGACUUCUACAUCAAACGCGAAUUAAUGAUGGGUAUAUUCGAAGCUGGUUUCGAAAAGCCUUCUCCAAUUCAGGAAGAGACGAUACCAGUCGCUCUUACUGGCAGGGAUAUCUUGGCGCGGGCCAAGAAUGGCACCGGAAAAACAGCAGCUUUCGUUAUCCCUACCUUGGAGCGCAUCAAUCCUAAAAGCACUAAGACACAAGCCCUUAUCCUUGUUCCUACAAGAGAGCUGGCGCUCCAAACGUCACAUGUCUGCAAAACCUUGGGAAAGCAUCUUGGUAUCAAUGUUAUGGUCACCACAGGUGGUACCGGCUUGAUGGAUGACAUUAUUCGGCUGAACGACGCAGUUCAUAUCCUCGUUGGGACCCCAGGAAGAGUCCUGGACCUGGCCAGCAAAGGGGUUGCUGACCUCUCCGAGUGUCCUACCUUUGUUAUGGACGAGGCUGAUAAGUUGCUGUCACCUGAAUUUACUCCAGUCAUCGAGCAACUACUAUCAUUCCAUCCUAAAGACCGCCAAGUAAUGCUUUUCAGCGCCACCUUCCCACUUAUUGUGAAGUCAUUCAAGUUACAAAUCAAUCAAUCCAUAAUCUUCUGCAAUUCUACCAACCGUGUCGAGUUGCUCGCGAAGAAGAUAACGGAAUUGGGUUAUUCUUGCUUCUACUCCCAUGCCAGAAUGCUUCAGCAGCAUCGCAAUCGGGUGUUCCACGACUUCAGAAAUGGUGUUUGCCGGAACCUUGUUUGCUCGGAUUUGUUAACUCGAGGUAUUGACAUUCAAGCCGUCAAUGUUGUCAUUAAUUUUGAUUUCCCGAAGAACGCCGAAACUUAUCUGCACCGGAUUGGUCGAUCUGGCCGCUUUGGGCAUCUUGGUCUUGCUAUCAACCUUAUCAAUUGGGAAGACCGGUUCAAUCUAUAUAAGAUUGAGCAGGAGCUUGGAACUGAGAUCCAGCCAAUUCCACAAAACAUCGACAAGAAGCUUUAUGUCUAUGACUCACCGGACACGAUUCCACGCCCUAUUGCCAAUCCAUCCCAGCCUCAGAUUACUGCCCAAGCGGCGAAUGCAAACAUUGGUGAGCGUCGUCACAACCACCAUAUGAAUGGUGGGCAGUACCAAUAUGGUAGGGGCCGGGGCUCUUAUCGCGGAGGUCGUGGACAAGGCCAGCGUCGUAACAUGCAGAACGAAACCAAGUUUGGUACUCAGGGCCCUUCGAGUGGCAAGUCCCACCCGACGCAAGUGUCAUAG